CGGCGGCACCAUGAUGCCGGGGGAGACGCCGCCGCCGCCCUUCGGGGCCGCGGCCUCCGGCGCCGCCUGCGCCAACUGCGGCCUCCUGCAGCAGAGCAUAAACGAAUACGUAGCGGCCUUAAUUGCGCUGAAGCAAAAAAUGAUUGAUGGCGAGACAUGUGUGGGUAUUUAUAUAUUACUCCCAAUCCCAGCAGAAGUAUCUUUUUGAAGAUGUGUUUCUUUUUAUGUGUUGUGAAGGCUAUGGUGUGGGAGCUGUAAGCUGGGCGAGGUCGUCUGCUGACAGAGUAUCAACAGAAAUGCACUGAUAUCCUUUCCUUUUGUCAUUGGUGUUCUUACAGAAUUAGUAUAUCAAUGUCUCUUACGAGAGGCCUUAAGGCUUUUUAUUUGAGGCUUGAAAUGCCUCUGGUAAAGAGCAGGGGGACAGACUUUAUAAAGUAAGUAAGGCUUUGGAAUGAAAACUGUCCCCUUAAGGUCUGGCUGCAUCUUGUAUAUGGUUGAAGAAACAGCAUCUGGAACCUGUGUGUUGCUGAGAGUGUCUCCAGCUUGUUCAUGUAGAAGAAGCAGCUUUGCUUGUUAACCUGCAACGUGCUGCAGAGGUUCAGUGGAACAUCUAGUUCUGCAAGCCCUGUGGUUUUUGUAAGUCGGUAUUGGGUGUUUCUUUGCCAGUGGCAGUUGGAUUGAAAUAUGCCUACAGGUGCUUGAUAAACUGUGCUUAACAUCUACCUUAACGAGAGGCCACAGCUUCAAUUUGCUGAACGAGAGAUCUCUGCUCUUCGUUGCCAAGUGGAGCAGAUGCUGCAGAAAAUCCUGCCUCUGGAAAAGUGCCAGGAAGAGCUGGGUUCCUUGAAAGCAGAGUUGGAGGAGAAAAAGAGUUCUCUGAAGAUUUAUCAGGAGAGUCAACUGGAAUAUGUUAAGAUUAAAGAGGAAAUCGUAAACAGUGAUGCUAUGAGAAAGAAACUGGAAACUAAAGUGAAGAAACUUGAAGAGGCUGCAACAAAGCAUACACAGGACUUCAGACAACUAAAAACUGAAAAGAAAAGGCUUGAAAAGGAGCUAAAGAAGGCACAAGGAAAGCUUGAUGGUGUGCUUAAAGAGAAGUGCAGAAAGGUGAAGCAUGCUGAGACCCAGAGCUCAGGCGAGGACCUUGCCACAGACCUGGACAAAGAAAAAAUCAAGCUCCUGUUAGAAGAGCUCUGGAUGUGCAUUGACAGUGCGACGGGAAAAAGAGAGAAUCAGGAAAACGACCCUGUCCUGGCUUCUAUUCAGGAUAAAGCAUGGCCUGAAAAAAGAAGACUGUCAGUGACAGAAGAAACUGUACAAAUGCAGCAAAAGAUCAGGAGGUGUGAUGGGAAAGCGCUGCCUCGGUGUGCUUCUCUGGAAAGGGCUGGAAAGCGGCAUCCUGCGGCAGCCGUGCCACUUGCAGCGGGCCCUGAGCAUCUGGGAAGUGAGGGUGCUGGGAGCAGGGCUGCUGAGGCCGGUGCUGUGCGUGGGGACUCGCAGACAGAUGGGGCACACAGCAGCUCUGACCUCUCUGACCACGAGCAGAAGGGCCCUGCUGGGGAUGUGAUGGAGAUACUGGACUGGGCCAGGCCUCUCCCUGCGCUGCUGUCUCCGGUCCAGCUUUCACCACAAGCUACACAGGAUAUGCUGUUUGGAGAAGUGACAGCUUCCAGCGAUGAAGAACUCGAUGAUGCCUCUGCGGCGGAGGAUGUGUUACAAGAAGACCAAGCCCAGCCUCAGACUCGCAAUGUGUUCAGCCUCAGUGAGGAGUGUGAGAGGCACAGCAAAGUGAGCCAAUGUGGUCUCCAUGCAGAAAUCUCACCUACCCUGAGCUGGAAUGAAAAGAAUGUUCAUAUCAGUCCAGAGAUGUGGAGCAAGGAAGAGAGAGGGGCUGAAGCAAAGCAAGCUGAAGCUGCUGCUUCUUUUGCAGACGUGGCAAUGAGCAGAGAUUGUGUGCAGGGGCACUCUGAAAACAUGGACACCGAGAAGAGAGAACUGACUGAAGCAUCAGCAUGUGAACUGGAAGCCAUGGAAGAACAGAAGGGAGACAGUGAGGAUGUGCACAGCAAAGAGGGAGGUUCUGCAGCUGAUUUUGUGUUGCACAGUUUCAAGCCUCAGAAUCAGACAGAAAAAUGCAGUGAGGCAGAGCCGACAGAGGAGGAUGUGGUGUUAAUGAGAGCUGUGGGUUCUGAGGGUGAACGUGAAACGCCUGAAGUAAUGGAAGCAGAAAGAGACAGAUUGUCAGGAGAGAGAGAAGCUCCCAGGCCGGGACCUGUCCCCCAGGAUGUUACUGGUUUGCCACCUGAGCAAUGUAUUGUGCAUCUAAGGGAAGAUUCUGAGGAGGAACCUGAUGUGUUGGCACAGAAUGAAGCGGUCCAAAGGGAAUCGGAAAAUGUAAUCCAAGUAACUGAAGUGGCAAGUGAUGGAGGGGAAGAGGUGAACCAGGUCACACUUGGCGAGGAAGUAGCAGCUACGAUACAGAUGAGAGGACUCUGUGCAGAGGCAAGUAAUGAGAGGGAGCUCCCUGAAAAUGUACUGCCUGACUUCAGUAGGUCAGAAUCCUUCUGUGAGGUGGAGUGUCCUAAAGACCUAAGGGUACAGCGUGGUGGGGAGGGAGUAGCUGUGGAGACUGAGGCAGGCACUGGAGCUGUCGAGAUCUCUGCGUGCUCGCAGGGCCCUGCAGUACAACCUGGCGGUGAAGGGCUGCCGGAGGAACCAUGUGUGCAGCCAGUAACGGGUGAGGCGGGCAGAGAGAGCCAACCAGAGACUGUGCACGACUCUAGGCUGUGCUUACCUGUGUCUGCUGUUGAAGGACACAGGGAUUCAUUGCCUGUGGAUGGCCCAGGCACAGGUGCAGGUAUGGAGAGGGCUGCUUCAUCGGCCCUGUCAGAACAUGGUGAGCAGCUCAGAACUGAAGACAUGGAUACGAGCAGACCUGAGGCAAUCGAACCAGCCCUGACACAUAACAAGGAAGAGGUUCCAGAGACAGCUGAAUCGUCAGAGCUACUCCACGGUGCAGAAGAUGGACAGUUAGUGGAUAUAAAGGUAGGGGGAUGUCUGAAAGGCAAACCCCAGCAGGAAGCACAUGGCAGCAAUCCCCUGCGAGGGGAGUCAGCCUUGGAGAAUGUGCUGGGGCUGGCAGCAGCCGUGAGCAUGGCUGGUGCAGGAAGCAGCACAGCACAACCUGAGUCCUACAUGGUGGCUUCUGCAGGAAGAAGAGAUGAGAUAAAACAACCUGAAAGCCUGUGUGCUGCAGUAGAACAUGGGUUAUCUGAAACUCAGAACAUUGGGGUAUUCAAAUCUCAAGAGACUGAGUUCAGUGUGAGCCCAGAAGGCUUCAGAGACAGUGAGCAGUUAGCAAGAGUUGAUGCUGCUGAGUCUGUCGUAGGGGAAAGCCAUCUCACUUCUCAGGCACAGCUUGCAAAACCUCCAGAUCCAUUCCCAGUUACUGAAAGUGAUAAAUGUGAUGAAAUAAAAGGGGAAUUCAAGAAACAGAGUAAGGAACUGGUGACUGAGGCUUGUUCCCGUUCAUUUAACUGGGAAGAGAAUGUUGUGAAGACAAAUACUUGGGAGGUUGUCUGCCAGCCUACAUCAGACAUGGAUUUCAAUAGUGAUUUGGCUUUUCCUACUGGAGGGGACCUGGAGAUAGGCUGCAUAAAUACAGAAGAAACAGAUUCUCCUGUGCAAGUGGGAGUUGGCUUGGAGUCCACAGUGCCUCCUGACCUGGAUUUCAGCCUUCAAAACAAUGACAGUUCUAUUGAAGCUAAUGUCUCAGAAAAGGCUGCUUUUCCCCAUAUGUGGGAAAACAAAGGAGAUGAACAUGAUGUUUCACGGAGUGCAUUUAACUCUUCUUCAGAAAGCCUCGGAGAGGGUGUGGAGAUCCUGCCUGCUGAACAAGACAACACGUGCAAGGAGCUGGAUUGCCCUCAGAGGGAACUUUUGCCUAAAGAUGAAGUGAGGUUUCCAGACAAGAAGGAGCAGCCAGUACAUGAAGAACAUCAGGCAUCUGUUAAACCCCAGAUCCUGGAUGCAGACUCUUACAAUAAGAAUACUUUUCUUCUCAGAAAGUUUGAUUGUCAGGAAUCAGGAUGGGAGGUCAGAACAGAUCUGUCUAGAACUGAUUCACCAACAGCUGAGGGAGAACGCCAAGAAUUGAAUAGUUUCGAGGCAUCUGGGAAAAAUGCCAUAAAAAGGUCCAAAAAUGAUGUUGAUAAGCCAGAGCAGAGCAAUGAAUCUGAAGAGGGAGACUGUUCUGUUAAAGAAGGUAGGGAUGUGAGAUGCUCUGAGUGUGUGCCUGUGUUCAGAAGGGAGCCAGGGGCUGCAGACAGUGCUCUGGACACUGGUGCAGUCGUUGGUGCUGGUGAGCAGGGGUGUGAGCUUCACUCACCAAUUCCCCCAGAGGAUGCUUUGUCCCUCAGUCACCUAAGAGCAGACACCAUGGUGGGUCUGGAUGCAGGCUGUGAAACAAACAGCUCUCUAGGUGCUGCAGAUGGGCCCUCAGGAGUGGCUGGGGAGGGCUGUCCUGAAGACUCAGCCUCUGGGGAAAGACAGCCUGUGUUGGUAACCUCUGAGAAUCCUGGGGGUGCUAAUGAGUGCCUGGGAGAUUCUAAGAGAGCUGGAUGCAUCAGUGACAGUGAGGAAAGGCUGUUAAAAGCUGAGUUGUCACUGGAAAGCUGUGUGAUGCCAAACGCUGGGGAAAACAAGUCACCGGUUUGCCAGGUGCUAACUGCAUCCUCAGAGACGGGCAGGGCGGCUGAAAGAAACAGCGAAUUGCAUACAAGUGCGUUGGCACUCGGCAGAUCCUUAGAAGAGAACAAUUCUGACAAGCUUCAGUCAGAUGUGGAGCCAGGCAGACUGAGUGGUGUUGAUACAGGGGUCUCAGUGUUGGAAGAAUGUAAUCAUAAUGGGAGCUGCACUGCUUGCACCACGGGAGAAGGCGACGCUGGUGUUAUCCUACACGGUACCAGUAGCGGGGGGAAAAAAGUCAAGUCAAACCCAGCCCUGUCUGGUGCAGAGUGGAACUGUCAGAGGGUCAGGCAGCCUUCCGAGCCCCCAAAACCAGGGCUUGAGAAGCUACGUGUAUUGGAGUCAGAGUCUUGUGUGGGUGUUGGCCUCAAAGAGAGACACAAAAUGAAGUGCAAAGGGCGAGAAACAGCUGGAAUCUUGACUGUUUCAACGCAGACAGAAGCCCAGGUAACGCACACCAAGCUAUCAAAGAGGCUUCAAAGAAAGGCAGAGGCUCUCAAAGCGAAGCUAGCUCAGCCGGUUCUUGCAAACGCCGACACUUCCGUGCCAACAAAGUGCUCGUCCGAGACCAUAAACAAAAUCAGGCGAGAGAUGGGGCCUCCCCUGCCGCCCUUGCUGCUGCCUCUGGUCGCCACUCCCCCGAAAGCCGCGGGCACCACGUCCCCAGCACCGUCUUCCGCCGGCCGGUCCCCUCUGCUUUCCCCUCUGGACGACCUGAUCUCGCCGCUGCGGGAAACUCCGAUUCCUCCCCUCAUGUCCCCGCUGACGGCCACCCCCACGGUGAAAUCCGCGCUGCUCUUCUCCCCUGCCUCGCCCCCAGACCCGGCCGCCGGCCUGAGGAUCCGCUCCUCGCCUCUCAAGUUCUGCACUUCCAUUCCCAAGCACGCGCUGCCGGUGCCGGGCCGGCUGCCCCAGCUCGCAGCUGACAGCCCCGCGCCGGCGGCGCCGCCGGAGAACUCGGUGAGGAUCCUGGACACCAUGUACCCCGAGCUGUCAGCCAGGGCGCGCACGCUCAACAUCCUGAAAGGCAACAUCCAGCUGGGCCGCUGCGCCUUCGCCGACGGACAGAGCUUGCCGGGCCCCGUGGCUCAGAUCGGUGGGUUCAAAGCCAUCGCGUCUGCGUCCACGGCGUUCGUCAAGACGGGCACGGCCAAGCGCGGCGGCGGCAGGGACCCCGACAGAGACCCGCAGGGUCAGCAGCCGCCUGUGGGCUCGGCCAGCCAGCCCGAGAAACGGCCAAUGCCCAUGCCCAGGAGCGCAAAGAGGCUGAGGAUGGACGGCGAGCCGCUGAGGCUGGAGCCCGGCCGCGGCCCUGCCGUGGCGAGGACUGAGAGCGCAGCCUCUGACAUGCCCGAGGCUGCCGGCAGAGACGCCGGCGGCGCGGGGCCGGUGAGGAGGGUCCCCGAUGCCGACGGACAGAGGGUCGCUCUGGCACUGAAGAGAAUUGCUGAAUCCUGCUUUGACUUGCUGCCGGUUAUUAAAGGUCACGUGCACGUGGGCAAUGUCUCAAAGGCUCCAAUCAUGAGGGACGAAGAGAAAGAAGUUGUCUAUGAGUUUGGUGUAAAAAACAAGCAUUUGGCAGAGUCGCUGCUGCACGCCAUUCUGGGUAAGCUCAAGGCUGAGAAGCAAGCUGCAGGUCCCCACCUGGCCCAGGCGUUGUGCCGCGUGUACGUGGGGCUGUGCCGGCAGCUGGGGGACGCCGAGCGAGCCCGCCUGCUCUGCUACAGCCUGCUGAAGGAAGACUUCCCAGACUCAGAAAAAUUGAUUUUAUUUAUCACAAAUGUGUGGUCUGACAUAUUUGUCUUCCAAGGUGCAAUUAACGAAGCUAUGCAAUUAGUUGUCAGGCAGAGUGCGAGCAAGGAGAUGCUGGCCUGCUUGAGUGCUUAUCUCAACUGGGAAGAGAGUUCCUCUUUAGAUGCUGGUGUGAUGGUCUCAAACCUGCUCUUAGAAAUGCAGUCCUGUCCAAAAGUAGCAUUUCAGCCGAGCGAGCAGUAUGGGGAAGAUCUGAGUGAACAUGCUUGGCAGUACAUCUUUGCUGUUGAUCUGCUCUGCUCUCACCUCAAGUGGGACUGGACACAUGACAACGUCAUAAGCAAAGUGCUUUGGCCUUCUAUGGAUAAAUGGGUAAAGAAGAGAAAGGGGCAUGAAUCUGCUCAACCCAUUCCUGAUAGUGUCAUAGCAUUGACACUGAGGCUAAUUGGUCGAUUGGGCCAAAUUGGUUUGAAGGAAGGAUGUCUUGCUGCAGUGAAGAACAUCAGUUCUGUGAUUGGGCUAUUUGUACAGCAUGCAAAAGAGGAAGGUGUCCCAUGGGCUGUGCAGCUGGCAGCUGUAUAUUCGCUGUGUGACUUGGGUUCAAGCAAUCCAGAAGGUAUUGUCGAGGCUGUCCAUGCCUGGAGAGCAACAGCUCCCAACAACAUCCCAUCAGCUGUCAUGAGUUGCCUAGCUGAAGUCAGUUCUCUGUGUAAAAUGGAGCUAAUCUAAAAUCCAAGGAAGAGGACAGAUCUGAAGGAAGAAGUGCCUUAUUUUACCAAGCAGUAGUUAGUUCCAGUUAAAAACAACACCAAGCAGUGUGUCCUCUUUUCUUACUGGUUUGUGUUUUAAGGGAAGGUCUGACCACAAAAAGCAAGCCCAAGUAUUUUAUUUGGCUUUUCUGUGUGAGGGAAGAGUUUGUUUUAAAAAAACCCCACCAAAUGAAAAGGCUUGCCCUGGUACCUGCUCUGCGAUCUGAAAGCCAGCGUGCCUUGGACUCCCGAGGGGCGUCUGGCUUGAUGUCAAAACAAGUGAGUAGCGUUUUCAUGGUUUGACAUCGUCAGGUUGGCGCAGGGGGUUUGACACAACUGCCUGCAGCCUGGUUCUGGUAUUUCAUAGGAUAUUUAUAAAGUAACCGUUCAGGUAGCAGAACUCUGCCCCGAUUCUGCUUUGUUUUGCCUCAGUAGCCCCAUAAGCUUAACUUAAAAAACCCUGGUGUAAGAGAGGUAGGGAUGGGCGUGCUGUAUAGAGAGACAGAGACGUGCAGUCUCUGAGCCUGUAUAUAGGGUAUAUGCUGAUGAUGUGUCUCACAUUGGAUCUUGUCCCACUUGGGGAAUGCUGUGUAUGUAAAUAGCAAGCGGGUUCAGGACCAGUUCCCGUUCCUCACGCUGGCAUCACUACACCCUGUUUUGUAUCUUUCGUAAUAAAACAAGGAAACGCC